AUGGCUACCCUGGAAUGCUUCCACCUGUUCUCCCUGCUACCUUCCGAAAUCAGGCUGGACAUUUGGCAGCACACUUGUUGUCAUCCGCGGGUGGUUGAGGUAUACUACGAUGCCGUGGUAGACGAAUGUAUAACCAAGACGACACAGCCGGCAGUUCUGUACACGUGCGCUGAGUCUAGACGCGAGGCUCUGCGACUAUACAAACCCUUGUUUGGUACGAUCUCGGCCGACGCAAGAAUUUACUUCCACCCUGAGCAAGAUACUCUUUAUCUGCCGCGACCGACACAUAUGGGAUACGACGACAACGCAAGGGAUUUCGCGCAAUUGGUUACUGGUGCCUCUGAUAUUAAAAACCUGGCACUCGAUCAUGUCAAUCCUUCUAUCAGGCGCCCUUGGGAAACUUACAAUAAGUAUGCCUUGAUGCAAAGCUUUCCGAAAGUGAUGGAGGUUUAUCUUGUCCUUGAGACAAAUACUGGCCAUGAUUCCGAUGAGCGAAGGACAAAGCAUAGCUUCUUGAAACUCGCUGAGCCAAUUGCCGAUGCUAGAGACGUAUGCAAAUUACUUCAAGAUGUGAAAUCGUCUUUCAGCUACGAGGCUGGCGCAAACUUUGGAAUUGACCAGAAGGACAAAAACCUACCGGAGCCACCGGCAUUGGUUCUCAAAUCGAAAGUGGCAACCGACUAUCUUCGACUCUUAUGA